GCGCCGCGGGAGGUUGGUCGUCCCUGUGACCGGCUUAGCUUUUGGAGCUGCCGUCGCCAUGUUUUCGGUCGCCGUUCGCUCGGGCCCUUUUGCGCCCGUCCUGUCGGCCACGUCCCGCGGCGUGGCGGGCGCGCUGCGGCCCCUGGUGCAGGCCGCGGUGCCCGCCACUUCGGAGUCGCCAAUACUGGAUGUGAAGCGGUCCUUUCUGUGCCGGGAGUCGCUGAGUGGCCAGGCCGCGGCCCGGCCUUUGGUCGCUUCCGUGGGCCUCAAUGUCCCUGCUUCUGUUCGUUAUUCCCAUACGGACAUCAAAGUGCCUGACUUCUCUGACUAUCGUCGUGCUGAAGUGUUAGAUAGUACAAAGUCUUCAAAAGAGAGCAGUGAGGCUAGAAGAGGUUUCUCCUAUUUGAUAACUGCAACAACUACUGUGGGUGUUGCGUAUGCUGCCAAGAAUGUCAUCUCUCAGUUUGUUUCCAGCAUGAGUGCUUCUGCUGAUGUGUUGGCCAUGUCGAAAAUCGAAAUCAAGUUAUCCGAUAUUCCAGAGGGCAAGAACAUGGCUUUCAAAUGGAGAGGCAAACCCCUGUUUGUGCGCCAUAGAACCAAGAAGGAAAUUGACCAGGAAUCUGCAGUUGAAGUGUCCCAGUUGAGGGACCCACAGCAUGAUUUAGAACGAGUAAAGAAACCUGAAUGGGUUAUCUUGAUAGGUGUUUGCACUCAUCUUGGUUGUGUACCCAUUGCAAAUGCAGGAGAUUUUGGUGGUUAUUACUGCCCUUGCCAUGGGUCACACUAUGAUGCAUCUGGCAGGAUCAGGAAGGGGCCUGCACCUCUCAACCUAGAAGUUCCCUCAUAUGAGUUCACCAGUGAUGAUGUAGUAGUUGUUGGCUAGAGACCAGGACUCAAGUUAUAGGCUUCUUUCAGUCUUCGUGUCACCUCAGAAGAGUUAUUUGCAAACAAACCUUCUGUACUUCGAAUUAGUUGGUUUGAAAUAGUUAAGAAUUGCUAAUGAUGUGUUUGCAAACAUGUGAAGUAAAUUGAAUUUAAUGUUGAAUACUUUCAAGCAUUCACCUAAUAAAGCCACUGUUAAACAUUGUUAUGCUCAAAGACUUCAAAGGUGCAGUGUCAUUGAUAGUUGAUUCUAAUUAAAAAUUACAGACCGGUGUACAAGAUAUUUGUGAAAUCUAUAAUUGACUUUCUUGUUUAUUUACCUUCUUUGUGUCAGGGACAGAGAUUCUAGAGAGCUCAUGGUUAGGAUGAGGUAGAAUUAGCUGGUUGUCUCCAAGACCUGGGAGAUGUUUUUUGGCAUUGGCAGAAACAAUAGUAUCCAAGUUUCCUUUAUUUUGCACACCUGGCUAUGUGUGGGAUACCCCUCCACUCCCCCCUGUAUGACGGGCCAAGAAAUUUUAUUCAUCAUUUAUGGGAGUAACUUAGAAUUCUUCAGUUUUAAGAGGCAGUGGCAUAGGAUAUUAUCUGAGGGAAGCUUUCCAAAAGGGGAGUGCUCCUCUGUUAUUUCCUUCAUCUGGUGUGGGUAUUCAUGUCUCCCAAAGCUCCUGCAUCCAUCCUAUCAAGAGGAAGAAAGGGGGUAGUGCAUCUGAAAUUUAAUACUAUCUUUGUGUGAAAAUGAUCCUGCUGGUUUUGUUUCUUUGAUGAUGACAUUUUGAGGUGUUUCUUCCAGUUGGAUUUGCAGUCACCACUUCUCACUGUGAAGUGAGGGUGGGCGUAGGGAGACAUACCAGAAUUAACACCCUCUUCUUUCUGCCUCGUGCCUCCAGUUACACAGGUGAAACAAGACCAAGGUCUGAUAUUCUCCCUGGAAACUGGGAGUGGGCUUUACCCUUUGCUGAGAAUCACAGCCAUCUUGAUAUAUUUGUCUUGUCUUUUCCAUUUGGAGGUUAGUAAAGUACUUCCCUGGGUCCACCUUGUGAUCACAUGUGCAUUUGUAAAAUAGCAAAUGAGAUUCAGUGAUUAGGUCUUCCAAAGGGAACUGGCCUUCCAGGGUUCUAGUCCUUAAAAUCAGUAGCUAAGUGUAUCAAAAAAGAAAAAUGUCAGAGUUUCCAGGCUUAUGAGCAGAUACUAAUCUUUGGUUCAUUUUCACCAUUCUAGAAAGACAAUUAGCAGGUAUGAUAAAUGGGGCACUUAAUAUUUUGUUCUAGGUCUCCAUAUAAUGACAUUUAGGUUCAAGUAUUUAGGUAUAAAUAGGAGACAAAAAAAUGCCAAACAUUGGUAACUUACUACCUUUUGACAUGUUCUCUUUUAAAUGGAGGGCUUUCUGAUCUUUUGUGCAUAUGUAGAUUACCAUGGAAAUGUUUGUAUUGUUUAAAAGUAGAGAAAUUGUAUCAUUAUGUCUGAGCAAUAUAUUUUGUAGUAUUUGGUGUUAAUAUUUGGAUCAUCUCACAUGAAGUUUUUUUCCCCCUGAUUUUAUCAUGAGGCCAAGAGAAGUCGGUAUAUAUUUGUUGGAUAUUUUGCUUGUUUAUCGUUGUGGUGAAGAUUCUGUUUUUCUAAUAUUCAUGGAAAAUCAUCCUACACUUUUUUCUCUACUCAUGCUACUUUUUAAUGGUACCAAUUGCCCACAACGUAUUGUUUAAUACUACACCAAUACAUCUAGUAAAAGCUGCCGAAUUUUGAGGCUGUUUUCUUUUUUUCUUUGUGGUACGCGGCCCUCUCACUGUUGUGGCCUCUCCCGUUGCGGAGCACAGGCUCUGGACGCACAGGCCCAGCGGCCAUGGCUCACGGGCCUAGCCGCUCCGCGGCAUGUGGGAUCUUUCCGGACCGGGGCAUGAACCCGUGUCCCCUGCAUCGGCAGGCAGACUCUGCGCCACCAGGGAAGCCCUGUUUUCUUUUUUAAAAUGGCACCAGGAGCUAUUAACUUCUUCAGGAUAUACUAAUAUAGGAACUUUGCUGGCAUAUAUUUUACAUUCAUAAAAUUAUUACUUGGAGGAACUUAGUGGGAUGAUAAAGUUUCAACUUUUAAUUUGAAGAUGAAUUAAACCUGGAGUAGAGACCUUGAGGCAUUGCAUCAGUCCUCAGAACCAGCAAAUCUGUGUGACUGUUCCUUUGUCAUCCUAUGUCAACAAGUAAUUUUUUUUGUACAUAAUUGAAGCUGCUGAGCUUCCAGUAUAUCCAGGAGUUAGUUGCUAGUUGUUAGUUUCGUGAGUUGGGGGCAUUGUGUAGUGGAAGAAGUACUAGACAAUAAUUUAGGAUUUUCUGGCUUUGCCAUUUCCUGAACAUGGAAACAUGGACUUGUCACUCAAUCUCCUUAGGACAGUUGUUCUCUUAGAGUCCUUCCAACUAAGAUUUUAUGAGCCCCUUAAUCCUACUCCCGUAAUAAUGGGAAUUGGUUUUCUUAGAUAAGCAUUUGUUGUGUUUGCAGUAUUUGGUUUUAUGAUAAAGAGAUCCAAACUCAGAGGUAGCAUUAUUGUAAUCAACAGAGCCAUCGUUUCAUAACAAUAGUGUUCAACCAGGGGCAGCACUGCUGCUCUAUGGGGCAUUUGUGGCCAUCAUUUGAUUGUCACAAUGAUUGGAGGGUGCUUUUGGUAUUGGGGGUGUUUGUGGGGUGGGGUGACAGGAAUGCAAUAUGUUCAGUUGAGGGAGCACAGGUCCACACACUGAAAAUAAAAUUGUGCUGCCAAAAAUGUCAACAGCACCACUUUUCUGUAGAGAAAUAACAUAUUUCCUCCCACCCUGAAAUGAUACCUCAGUAGUUAAUAUUUUCAUAUUUGAAAUGCCAAAAGACUGCUGCAUUAGAGGCUACAUGGCAGUGGAGGACAAAAAUAGGAAGUUUGCUGAUCACAAGGUGCAUCAUAGGUGUUCUGUGCUGGAAUUGCUGUAUUUGGUGGACUGCUCAUGUCUUUCAUGAUAUUUUGACUGAUGAUAAACUGUUAAAUCCCAGUAUCCCAUUUAGUUUUUAAAAGAAGGCUUUGUUCCACAAGUGCCUGGACAGGUAAAAUUACUUGAUGAUACUAUGCUAAAUGGGUAGAUAGAGCAGCCCUAUGAUAGCUUUUUGAUUAUUUUGAUGAAAUAAAAUCCUAGAUAUUAGGGAGAAAUGACUUAAGAAAAAUGAAGGAAACCUGACCAGUUGGCACCCUGACAUGAGAUCAUUAACAUAACAGUUCUUUAUACUGGGAAUUGGAACAAUCUUGAGGUCCAUGCCUUAUGCUCUUAAAAGAGUGACCAUAGGAAAGAGUAUUUUUUUAAAAUGUUUGUUAGAGAUAACACCAAAUUUACCAUGGUCUUUCUGAGCACACCUUUGGAAAAUACAGCUGUCUUUGACUCA